AUGCCAAGAUACAGCGAUAUUGUCCAGGAGCUCCGCGACGAGCUGCUCUGGGAAGUAGAUGAUCUUGACCAGGCGGUCAAAAACGCUCGUAAAUGGGAUAUCCCGAGCUGGACAAAGUCAACCAAAGGCCGGGACAUCUACUACAUCCUUUGUGUCUUCUACUUUGUCCUUUCCCAGGAGCCAUUGGGCGGCCGUCAGACCCGCAUCCACCCAUUAAGCAUCAACAAGCCGCUGAAACCCCUAUCAGAGUGGGUAGUCAAAUUCGCCCAGAAGGUCGGCUCUAGCAUGGACAAGCAUUCCUCGAUCAACGAGACUACAAUCACUUCGUUCCGAAACUCUCCACUCUUUCGUGUUUUUGAAUCCGAAGAGGACUCCAAGAAGUGGACAACGUUCAAUGACUUCUUUUCUCGCAAGCUUGACAAGCCACGUGAAAUCGAUGGCCCAGACGAUGAUCGUAUCGUGGUCUUCCCUGCGGACUCCACUUUCGCCGGAGCAUAUGCCAUUAGCGACGAUUCUGAGGUGGUCCUGAAAAAAGAAGAGUACAGGAUGGUGAAAGACGAGGUGAUUCUGAAGAAUGUUCCUUGGAGAGUAAAAGAUCUUCUCGGUAAAUAUGGUGACAAUCCAGUGCCUGGAAAUGAAUCCCAAAAAUACGGAGACCUUUUUAAAAACGGACUCUGGACUCACGUCUUCUUGAAUUCGUUUGACUACCAUCGCCAGCAUGCACCAGUCUCAGGGACUGUGGAAGAAAUUGGCCGGAUUCACGGCGCCGCCUAUCUUGAGGUCCUGGUAAAGACGGACGAGCAGGUUGGUCACAACUAUCUGGAGCUCUCCCGCCAGAUUGGAGAGAAGCCACGGAAUCCUUCUGGCGUUCAGACCCUUGACGCCCCAGACACUCCAGGCUAUCAGUUCCUUCAGACGCGGGGAGUGGUGAUUAUAAACAAUGAAAACUUGGGCAGAGUUGCUGUCUUACCCAUUGGUAUGGCCAUGGUUUCUUCCGUGAAUAUGAGAAAGGAAUUGAAGGGCAAAAAGAUUAAGAAAGGCGAUGAAAUCUCGCACUUCGCAUUCGGCGGCUCGGACUGCAUCAUUAUGUUCGAGCAGAAGGCAAGGGUCUCAGGCUUCCCAGAUUCCGACCCAGCUUCUCGCGAGCAUUUCUUUUAUGGUGAAAAGUUAUGCAGGGCUUAUUACAAACAUAAAGAGGAGCCAAAAAGCUUCGGGUCUCGGUUCGGUUUAGCUUCCAGAUAA